AUGCCGAUCCUCACAAAGAACAACUAUGAAAAUUGGAGUACCAAGAUGAAUGUGUUACUAGAAGCUCAAUAUGUGUGGGAUAUCGUUGAGAAAGGCUUCAAGGAGCAAGAUGAAGUCUCGCUAAGCCAAUGUGUAAAGGAGACAUCGAAGGAGUCAAGAAAGAGAGACAAGAAAGCUCUCUUCCUUAUUUAUCAAUCGGUGGAUGAAGAUACAUUUGAGAAGAUCUCCAACGCAACGACGACCAAAAAAGCAUGGGACAAACUUCAAACUUGCAACAAAGGAGUUGAACAGGUGAAAAAGAUUUGUCUUCAAACUCUUAGAGUCAAUCAACUUAAAAGAAAUGGCGAAGAUGUUGAUGGGGUGAAAGUCAUGGAAAAAAUACUUUGCACUUUAAAUCCAAGUUUUGACUUCAUUGUUAGCAACAUUGAAGAAAACAUGGAUUUAAAGACCAUGACUAUUGAGCAACUAAUGGGUUCCUUACAAGCAUACGAAGAAAAACAAAAGAGAAAAAUUAAACAAAAGGAGGCUAUAGAGCAACUACUACAACUCAACAUAAAGGAAAUAAAUUAUACGAAUUACAAGAGCCAAAGAGGACAAGGUCGUGGCCAAGAUUGUGGGCAUGGACGAGGAAAUGGAAGAGAAGGAAGAGGCGGUUACAACAACUACUAUAACAAUGGAGAAAGAAGUUGGAAUCCACAAGCAACAAGAGAUCGUGGAAGAGGAAAUUCAUGGUCGAGGUGUGACAAAUCACAAAUCAAGUGCUUCAACUGCAACAAGAUCGGUCAGUAUGCAUCUGAGUGUAGAUUCUCGAAGAAGGUUGUGGAGAAAACUAACUUUGUAUAA